AAUGAUCUUUGUCACAAAUGUACAUCAAGCACAUUAAUGGUAAAUGCAGUCUAAAAACAUCAUUGUGUUAUUAACUCCUGGGCUGUUCAGCAAUUCCUUUUUCACAUAGCAUUCUGAUUCUGAAGAUUCCACAAGGUGGUCUAAAUAGGGUAGUGAGUUGAAAAAGUGAUAUAGUAGUGCUUAGUAUAAAAUGCCGCCAUGGUCUGGUAGGGAACAUGAAGGGGCUGAUUGCCAUUAAAACAAAAUAUCUGCUGGCGCUUAAGCUGUAAUAAGCUGUACAACAUUUUGAUAACAACACUUGUCCUAAUCCCCACAUCUAACAGCGAACUAUUGCUGGGAUUAAUUUAGAUGGUAAGCAAGGAAUUGAUAGUUUUAAAACACUAUUUUGAGAAGUUCAACCUUUUAGCAUUGAAGAACAUAUCUGAAAAAAAGGCAUUUAUAACCCCCGGACAGUCCACAUGUGCCUAGUUUCUUGAAUGUGAUAGGGCAUAUUUAGAAAGGUUAAAAUGAAUACAUGGGAUCUUAAAUAGAGGCACAAAAUAAGAACAUGAGGCAGUCAAGAUGGAUCUUUAUAAAACACUGAUCCAGCCAGAGCUGGAGAUUUGGAUACUAUAAUUUUGGAAAGAUGCAAAGGACGGUGCAGGCGGUUCUCUAUCUCCUUCCUGUUCUCAUCAUAAUUUGUGAUCCGGCCCACCUCAAUGGUCUCAUCUGCAAACUUGGAGAUAGAUGGAGGAUGAGCUGAAUUUGCAAACAGCCAUGAGCAUAUAAGGUGUACACUUUUAAAUAAUAGGAGUCAAUAAACUAUUUGAAUGUUUAUUUGUUUAAAACCAGAAAAUGCAGUUUGUUUAAAAUGAGAAAAUGGUAGAACAACAUAAAAUGCGCAAUGAAGGGCAGCACAGUGGCCCAGCAGUAGAAUUGCUGCCUUGCAGCGCCAGAGGCCCGGAUUCGAUCCAGACUACGGGUGCCGACUGUAUGAAGUUUGUACGUUCUCCCUGUGACAGCGUGGGUUUUGUCUGGGUGCUGCAGUUUCCUCCCACAUACCAAAAACAUUCAGGGUUGUAGGUUAAUUUAUUUUCUGUAAAUUGUCCCUAGUGUGUAGGAUAAAACUAGUGUAUGGGUGAUCGCUGGUUGGCACGGACUAGAUGGGCCAAAGAGCCUGUUUCCAAGCUGUAUCUCUAAAUUAAAUUAAAUUAAACUAAAGUGAUUAAUCAGAGUAAAAAGGUUGAAAUCAUCAGCAAUUAAAGUUAUAGUGUGCAUCAUUACACACAGAAACUACAGUAAGUAUACAUGAAAGGGUUAAGUAGUCUGAAAAGAUAAAUAGUUGCACCCAGCUGUUUGAUGUCCGCAUGUGCAUUCUACACUUUAUCUGGAUUGUAAUAAACUAGAGCUGGAGUUUAUUCAGCGUGAACUUGGUGCCUUUAUACACAUGGAAUAAACAAUAUGUCUCAUUUUAGUUUCAUAUGGUACUCCAGCCUCUCCAUUGACUCAUGUGAAGGCGUUUACCCUAGUAGCAUGCACAUGCUCAUUAGCUAUUUGAUGAUUCAUUAUUCAGGAUACCAAAAAUCUCUCUUUCAGUAAUUUACAAUAAAUGAAUCACAGCAGAACAGAGGUUUUUGUAAUGUAGAAUAGAGUCUAUUUACGUACCAACGGGUGCCAUAGUUUAUUAUUUGCUGACAGGUUAAUAGUUAAUAUUGCCAUCGCCCAAUAGUUGGCACAUGUUCAUUGCCUGUGUUUGUUCAGGUUGUGGAACCAUAUCAAGCUCCUCCCACAGUAAGGAAUCAGAACUGCUUAUAUAUAUCAGAACAGCUUUAUGAUCUUUUGGUAUUUAGUUAAAAGUGCAGAAAGCAACACUGUACAGUCAUUGUUUAAUUGUGUGAAAUUACGUUAACUAGGUUUUUGGAACAGUUUUUCUUCCUCCUUGCUGACAGGAAACAUCUGUGGUUGGCGAUGUGCAAGAGCUGAGGUUACUAUAGGACAGUGGAUACGCAUAGAAUCAAGGCAGUCGGACAUCUAAUUUGUUGCAUGUGGGAGUCAGGCUGAUUCUGUCUUCCAACUUUACUGGUAACCAGCAGAAAUAAUUAAAUUGAGAGGAAAGAAAGUGUCUGACCUAAAACUGAAGUUAAGUAGCAGCAGCAAAAAACAUUUAAUCAGAGAACUCGAUUAAGAAGUCUGAGUUUAACCAAGAGUAAAUUAUGAAUGUUGAAAAUGAGCUGUAUCCUGACUGGGACAUCUCUUAUAAGCCUCACGAGGGAACAGUGGCAUGGUAUCUGGAGAAGAUGCGUUAUUUCCAAGACAACCUUGAUGUCUGGAUUGACCCAGAUAUGGAUGAUGAAGAAAUCCCAGCAGUUUUGAGUCCAACAUACAAGCAACGGAACGAGGAUUUCAGAAAACUCUUUAAGCAGCUGCCAGAUACAGAACGACUCAUUGUUGAUUACUCAUGCGCCCUCCAAAGGGACAUCCUCCUUCAGGGGCGGCUCUACCUCUCAGAAAACUGGAUCUGUUUCUACAGCAACAUUUUCAGAUGGGAAACACUGCUCACUGUACGCCUCAAGGAUGUUUGUUCAAUGACAAAAGAGAAAACAGCCCGACUCAUUCCUAAUGCUGUCCAAGUAUGCACUGACACUGAAAAGCACUUUUUUACUUCUUUUGGAGCCCGGGACAGAACCUACAUGAUGAUGUUCAGACUCUGGCAGAAUGCACUGCUUGAUAAGCCUCUUUGUCCCAAAGAGCUGUGGCACUUUGUUCAUCAGUGUUAUGGAAAUGAACUUGGUCUGACUAGUGACGAUGAAGAUUAUGUUCCCCCAGAUGAUGACUUCAACACAAUGGGGUUUUGCGAGGAGAUCCCAGUGGAAGAAGUAGAGGUCCUUGAUAACUCAUCUAAAAGCAGCAUAGAAGUAAAGACGGAUUGCAGUCCUCAGAUGCACAAGAAAUCAGUCACAAACAGCACACUAACCUCUACAGGGAGCAAUGAGGCUCCUUCCUCAUUUGAUGGUAUUACAGCAGAAGAUGAAGUUGAUUUUCAGCUAGUAGGUGAAAUCGCAGCUCUUCAGGUCAUUGGCAAGAAUGAAAUCAAUUUGGCUGUAAACUCUCCAUCUCUGGACUUCAAUGAUAACGAGGACAUUCCAACAGAGUUGAGUGACUCUUCAGAAACACACGACGAGGUGGGACUAACUACAGCUGAUUUUAAAAAACUGAAGACAGGUGAAGUGCAAGCAUUCUAUGAAGACCUCAAUGGCCGACAAUACAUUAAUGAGGUCUUUCAUGUCAAUGUGGACAGACUAUAUGAUUUGCUCUUCACUGACUCUCAGUUUCUACGUGAUUUCUUUGAGCAACGGCGGUUCACUGAUAUGGUUAGUCAUCCCUGGAAGAAGGAACUUAAUGGCAAUCAGACUCGAGUGAUGUUAUACACUAUUGCUCUCUCAAAUCCACUUGCGCCAAAAACUGCCACAGUCACAGAGACCCAGACAUUGUACAAAGCCAGCCAGGAGAGUGAAUGUUAUGUGAUUGAUGCCGAAGUGAUUACACAUGAUGUUCCAUAUCAUGAUUAUUUCUACACUAUCAACAGAUAUAGCCUUACACGGGUCGCAAAAAACAAAAGCAGGCUGAGGAUAUCCACAGAACUAAAGUAUAGGAAACAGCCUUGGGGGUUGGUGAAAUCGUUUAUUGAGAAGAAUUUCUGGAGUGGUUUAGAUGACUACUUCAGACAUUUAGAAAUUGAGCUUGCAAAAGUAGAGAAACAAUAUGCUGCUGAACUGCACAGGCAAUCUCCAAAAGAUAAAAGCAACAAAUCAUCCACAAUUCGGCGGAGAAAACGGCCUCACAUACAUGUGCGAGGUCAACACCUCGACGAAACUGCCAGUCCUGUUACUACACCAACUGACGAAGAGAUGGGCCAGAGGAUUAAACAUGUGGCAGGUUCCACUCAGACAAAACACAUACCUGACGAAAUUUCAGGAGGAAUUCAUCUUUACAGUGUUUCCAAGUUAUUGCUCAUUAUAACCUUUGUCCUGGUGUUACUAGUAUUUCUGAAUAUGAUGCUGUUUUACAAGCUGUGGAUGUUGGAGUAUACGACGCAGAGUCUCACAACUUGGCAUGGAAUUAGGCUCCAGGAGAGCAAACUGCCUCAGUCUCAGGUGGAGUGGGCCCAGCUGUUAGAGUCACAACAGCGUUACCAUGACGCUGAACUACAGAAAUGGAGAGACAUUUUAAAAUCAUCAGUGGUGCUUCUAGAUCAGAUGAGAAACUCAUUACUAACUCUACAAAAAGGCAUUGGUUUGCGUGAUUACAGUUCAGAAACAGACAAGCAUGAUCGAUUUCACUGAUGGGCAUUACCAAGGCCGAAGAGGGAAUUGUGUGCAAUAUAUGUUAUGUACAAAUUAUAUAUAUGUUAUAUAUAUAAAAAGACACUGGAACUGCAGGCUGAGUUGGAUCCCCAGGAUUGCGAAUCAGCAAAUUCACGAUUGACAAAACCAAGAUCCUGCACUGAUUUACAGAACUACUGAAGCAUUGUGGAAAAACAACAAUCACACUAAUCUGCCUACACACUCCUGUUAUAAAUCCUAGAACAUUGUACUGUAAGUGUAACAUCUCACAAAAGCAUGUAAUAAUCUGUAAACUAUCUCUUUUAUGGAAGAUAUGUAACUGAAGUACCAUGUGAACGUUGUUUAAAAUAAGGUAUUCAUCAACAGAUAGGAGUAGGCUGAGGGUCUUGAAACUGUUACCAGUUAAUUCUGCCUGCAGAAACAUCAGAUACAUCUGAUUUAAGAUUAACACAAUUAAUCCAAUAUAUUGAUUCUGGCUCAGUGAAUGGUUAAAGAAACUGUGAAUAUCUAUAUUGAUAAAACUUGAAGAUUUUCUAAGUUACAAGUGAAAAGUUACUGGAAUCCUGAUGCAACUGAUUUAGUUAUUUAUUAUUGUUAAAAACAGUCUAAACAAUCUAUCAUAGGCAGGUCCAAGAAUAUAUCGAGCGACAGCAUGUUUCUGCUCUGUUACCCUCACUGCAGCAUGUUUAAGAGUUGCAGAUUGCUCAUCUGAGCAUGUGUGAAGCCUGCUAAUGAAGCAUUCCAUCUUUUACGAUGAAAUGUUAUCAGUUUGUCAGGGAUGAGUAUCAUGAUCAGCAUUGUUAACAUAUAGAGGCACCUACAGGAGAAGAAGAGACCCCCUGAGAAAUGUGAUGACAUGUUUUGCUGUGCUGCAGGGUAUGCCAUGCCAUCUAAUCAAUUUGAAGUUCAACGUUGUAUGAUGAAAAAUUGAACAUUUAUAGACGAUAAUUGUCCCGGACUGAAAAAAAUUGUGAUUUCAAUUUUCCUUCAGUUUAAAAGGAAAAUAUUGAAAAAUUCGUCUUAAGGAUCACUGUAGAAUUUGAUUCGCAGAUCAGGCAGGAUCUUAUUAGAUGCAAUGCGAUUUUUGAGUGUUAUGGCAUUUGAUGAUAUCUCUUAUUUGAAAAACAGGGAAAUUGUGCUGUGCACAUGCUAAAUGAGUGUAUGACAGAUGCAAUAUUUAGUGACCAAAAUUCAAUGUUGUUGCCUUAUUAGAACAGAAAUCCAGGCAGUUGUAAGUGUAAAAAGAUGCAUGCUUUGUGAGGGUAUAGUGGCAGAAUUGAUGAAACCAAGUGACCGCAGUCAAAUAGUUUAAUCCAGUCAACACUGAACUAGUGCAUGCAGGCGCUUUAACUAUUGGUAGGUUUUUUUUUGCAUUAAUAAUGCAAGAAUAAAAUGGAUUUAAAGUGAAUUUCAAAGAUAAAUACAGACUGUUAAAGUACAAUCUUUAGACAUGGGUCUGUGAAAAUUGGUGCUCAUGAGUGAGCUCUUUGGUAUGAACAAAAGAUCAGCUACUAACAUAGUCCAAGAAAAUAAAUAUUUAAAUAGUUUAUUUAUAAGUGUAUUGUGUCAGGACUAAUGUGUGAACUGAUUGAAUUGGAAGUUAUGGUGUAAGGAUUAACAGAUGGAGAAUUACCUCUUCAUUUUGUUCAAAGAUUGAUCAUUCAGCCAUGAUAAUUCUUUUUAAUGAAAAUCCCUGAGCUCUUUUAUUUAAAAUUGGUGGGCCAAAUUGGAGGGCGUGUGGGGAAUUCUGGCGUCUUCAAACAAAAUAGUUUGGAUAGAUUUCAUGCUCCUCGGUAUGAAAUUUGUGGCAACAAACACUAUGUAUUUCACAGGCAGCUGUAUUACUUUCCAGCAUUGUAGAUUGCAUUUGGAAUAUUUACUGGUCAUGUGAAAACUGAUAUGUCAAAGUUGUCCAAUAAUUUCUGAAAUGAAAACUCCACAAUUUAGAUUUAUUAAAAAAGACAUGAACUCCAGUAACUAACCAUUGCAAAUGCACCUUAUGUUAGGAUGUAGCUGUCUGGACAAUUAUUUGAUAAGUGAUACAGCUGCCAAUAUUUACCUUUUCAAUAGUCAGAAAAAGUAAGAUUUGAUAUCAAAUAUGAGGUGCUUUUAAUAUGACUGAUACAACAUUUUAAAAAGAAAAGAUUACUUUCUAAAAUGAACAAACCUUUCUAUUGGUCAGACAUUUUUGCUGCCAAUCAGAAAUUUAGUAAUAUUUAAUCCAUUAAGAUGAGAUGUGAAUAGCCAGUCAUUUGACUGCAUAUUAAAUUGUGUGGGCAGGUAUGCCCAAGUGCACUAUUUUCACCUAAGAACUGAAUUUUUCAGUGCAAUGGAUUGUGUAGACCAUAAUAGUUUGUCUUAAGGACACAACCAUUGUGCGAACCAUGUCCCUGAUCUGCUUAAAUCGAUGGGAGUAUUGAGAAAGGCGGUGUCUAAUUGUUAUAUAGAUUUUGGAUGGCAAAUACUGACAAAUCCACUUCUAACUAAAUUAUGGCAUCAUAUUUUCUUUAAGCAGGUCAUCCUCCUUCAGUGUUGCAUUCACUUUUAUUUUUUUGUUGUUGUACAUUGCUUCUACACUCAACAAAAUAGUAGAAUCAUGAUCCUUUGCAGAAUGCCACUGAUCAGAUUCAGUAGGCUGUGUUUGUGAUGUCAAUCACUCCAUAUAUAGCAUCAUGUUGAUGAGUACAGGCUUUCCUUUUUGUGCUAUAGUAGUAACUUAUUUUUUUUUAAACUCUGGAUUACACUUUUGUUGCCUUUAAUAUUUAAUUUCAUUUUUUCAGUUGAUGUUAUGAGAUUCAAAUAUAGAACAUAGAUUUGCACUGUAGAAGAAAAACAUGGAUAUCGUGAUGCUGUCUAGCUGCUCGUACUCAUUUUAUUUUUAUUCGGUGCUUGGUAUGGUAUAGGAUUGCCAGAAUAUAAUGAAUUGAGUUAAUAUUUUGUUUUUGAAUUAGCUAAUAAAUAUGGCUAGAUUUGUUCUUAGUUUUUACAUUAUGUGUAACACCAAAUAUCAGUCAAAAGGUCAGUUCUGAGGGUAGGUUUGCAAGCCUAUAGUGAGUGAGUGUGUAUGAGUGUGUGCAUGGGAAGGCUAAUUUGCACAACAUAGAAAAUUCAAAUUGCUGUAACAGACUACUGGGUUGAUAACCCAUGAAUCAAUGUUUAGUGGACACUGUCGAGCAGCUCAAAAUGAAAGCAUAUUCUCAUCAAAACAGAGCAAUUAUUGUUUGAAUAUAGAUAAUGAAUCACCUUAGUGAAAUAUCCCUCAACUUUCUAUUCAAGCAAAGAUUUGAAAAUUGACCUAUUUGGACUUGCAUGGUUUUAAAACAUUUUCUAAAGAAUACUGUGGGGGAUAUAAAAUCCCAACAGGAUGUUUGAUGAGGAUAGUGUUUAUAUUUACAUUCUUAUACAUUGUUUUAUUUCCUUGUUUUAAUCUGGAUAAUGAGUAAUAGUUUGGAUGACCUGGUUGAGUUUUCGUAAUUUCUUUUUUUUCCUGUUAACACAAUUUUGCCGUUAUAUAAUUACCAUGAUGUAAUAGAGGUGAUUAAGUGACACCAUGCCUGAAAAUAAGUUGUGACCAAAAUAAUUAAGUUUCAAGCAAAGGUUGAAAUGAUAUGAAUUUUAGUGAAUUUUAUUGAAAUCACUUAUUUCUAAAUCAUUUUGUAAUCAUAUGGCACUUUUGAAAUAUCAAUGUAUUAAUAUUGCUUGGAACUAAAAUGCAAUUGCAGAAAUAUUGUCCUGAUUGAAAAUGAUACAAGUAACGCAUAUGAAUGUUCAAGACCUACUUGUACAUAUUUAUGUUCUUAUUUGCUUUCUCUAUGUUCCUGGUCAUGCAUAUUGGCUAUCUUUAUUUCAUGAUUUCUAUAUAGUAUGGUUAAACAUGAUUGAACGCAGCACCCAUCAAUCAUUCACAAAUUCAGUGUAUUCUGAAAUCAGAUUACAGUAGGUGUUCCAUGUCUGAUCGCAGAGACAGUUGAGUGGUCAAUGACACUUAAUGAUUGAUGUGUGCCUAUAAAAUUUGCUUCUUAGCCCUCCAACAUAAAGGGCAGGAAGUAUGUGAUCAUUGUGAACCAGUAGUGGGUCAUAACCCAUUGGUAAAGACCAAAAAUAAUAUGCAUAUGCAAUUAAAGGGUCUAAUCCCUUGCCGAGGCCUCCACUGCAGUUGAUUUGCCCAAAAGCUACCAGUGCUGGCAUUGGAUAAACUUUGGGGAACUAGUUUUUACAUGCAGUGCAUGAGGUCAGAAAGGAACCAUGUAUUAGACCACAAAUGAUGAGGGAGGUUUCAAAAUAUAGUUACUAAAUAUGGAACCAGUGAGAAUAAGAUUGCUGCUCCUUAACCUGUGUUUAAAGAUAUGCUAGUUGUUGUUUUCCCCCCCCCAAAAUAAUUGCCACUUUCCCC